AUGACCGCCAAUACCCUGCUUGCACAUCGCGUGCGAUGUGACUUUGAAGAAUCCGAUCGGCCUCUUCCGCCUCAUCCCUUCUUUGGGGACUACGACUCUAAUCUUUCGCGAGGACUAGAAGUGGAGGACUUGACACCUCCUCUCGCCCGGGCUGCUAGACUAGGCAAUGUGGCUCUGGUAGCGUUGCUCCUUGAACACGGUGCUGAUGCCAAUGCCGCGUACCACGAUCUAGGCGGUCGUCGCGAUGGAUAUGAAACCAGAGAUUCGACAAUCCCAGCCAACUUCUCCUGCGGAAGGGUCGUACAGAUAGCGAUGGAGAUGGGUCAUUCUGAGAUCGUCCAUUUGCUCGUCGAUGCCGGCGCAGAUAUCAACCUUACACACCCGGUCUGGCCGAAACCAGUCUGGCCUGUGCCGGGUCACAUCUGUCAGCCCGUACCGAGGGCUGUCUUUGUUGCAGUGGCAUUUGGUUCCGAAUCUGUGAUGGACUUACUUCUGACCCAGGAGGACACUGAUGUGAACAAACGAAACAUGCAUGGGAGACCGCGUAGCGAGGCUGCUGCAACAAAAUGA